AUGCUGCAUUCCUUGUUAUUUAGGCAUUCCUCUUUGCUGACAAGGGCUUGCUCGAAUGGUCGGACGCUCUCAACUUCACCAGCUUCUACUUCGGUAGGCUGCGUACCCACGACGCAUUCAUCAGCCGUGUCAAAGCUCGCGUUCUUCAAUUCUGUAACUGGCGACGGUAGCAAGAUACCGAAUUAUAGAGUUCUCGAUACGCUUGGUGUUCCAGUAGAAGGUGCUGAAGUGCCUAAGAUCAGUAAGCAGUUCGCGCGGCAAUUAUACGAAAACAUGCAGUUGCUUCCCACGCUGGAUGAUAUACUUUGCAGUGGUCAACGCCAAGGCAGAAUACCCUUCUAUGCGACUUCCUAUGGAGAAGAGGCCACUGUAAUUGGCUCUGCUGCUGCACUUGCUGAUGAUGACGAAGUAUUAUGUCGGACUAAGUUCUGCGUUAUUUAUGUUUUUGCUAAUUCUGCUACAGCACAGUACCGCGAAACGGGGGUGCUCUUGUGGCGUGGCUUCACUCUUGACGGUAUCAUGGCGCAAGCUUUUGGAAAUCAUGAGGAUUCUAGCAAAGGCCGCCAGAUAGGUGUGCAUUACAGCUCCAAGCAACAUCAUUUCCAUACCAUAUCUUCUCCGCUCGCAACUCAAAUACCACAAGUUGCUGGUGUUGGAUUUGCACUUAAACGUGACCCAGCGAGGCGCUCCAAAAAUGUAGCCUGCGUGUUUUUCGGGGAAGGCGCAGCGUCAGAGGGGGACUUUCAUGCUGGAAUGCUCCUUGCUUCGACGCUACCCUCGCCAACAUUGCUUCUAGCAAGAAAUAAUGGUUUUGCUAUCAGUACCCCGAACUCGCAACAAUUUCACGGCGAUGGUAUCAGUGCAAGAGGCCCAGGUUAUGGUAUGGAUACAGUUCGUGUAGACGGAAAUGACGUGCUCGCGGUAAUGAACGCUGUCAAGGAGGCACGAAAGCGGGUUAGCCAUCACUCGACAUCGGACGACUCAUAUGUCUAUAGGGAGCGCCAGGAAGUUGAAGACAGAAAAAAGAAUGACAACCCCAUUACGCGAUUCCGCCUAUUCAUGGAAUCCCGGGGAUGGUGGAACGAGACGGAUGAGGAGGAGCUCGCGUCCCGUCUGAGACGUGAUGUGAUAAAGGCAUUCAAGCGCGCAGAAACUAUCAAAAAGCCUCGCCUAGAGGACAUGUUCACUGAUGUAUACGCGGAGGAGCCUUGGAAUAUAAAGGAACAGCAGGAGGAGCUGGUGGCACUGCUCAAGAAAUAUGAAAAAGUAUGGGAGCCGUGGCAAAACGAACUUGGGGAUCUCAAGGACGGAGGGAAGAAACUUUCAGAUUGA